UCGAAGUCGUGGUUUUACUGUCAUUUGAUCAAGUAAGUAGAAUUGAACCCACCACAACAAUCAUACAAUUUUGUAAACUUGCCACCAUUGAGUCUCUCCAAUGAUGAGUUCCCAAGGCCAAGAAACUCGUAGCCGUCAAAGCUUUUUGCCUCUGAUCAAUAAAGUCGACAAUGUCCCUCUGGGCUUUGACUUCAAUACUCUCUACAGACUCCUUCUACCUAAUGAUUUCAGGCCCCAUGGCUUCAUGGUCCAAAGCACCGUAGAGCGCCUUCCAUGGACCCCAGAGUUUCACAUCGACCACAAUAAGCGUGUGGUGCAGUUGCUCAACUCCACGGUCAAAGAUGAUGAGGACCCCGGCAAGGCAUGCACGGCUGCCUUCCAGCGCGUCGUCGAUGCCGCCAUUGCGUCUGACUCUUUCCCUUCGCUGAACAAGCUCCACAGCGAGCAUUUCAGAAUCAUCGGCGCGAACCACUUUGUCUCAAUUGAGCGAUUUCCAGCACCUCUGUUCGGCAUCUCGUCGCGCGGGGCACACAUGACGGCCUUUGUCAAAACGAGCGACGGGAUGAAGAUCUGGGUACCGAGGCGGAGCGCGCACCUCUUCACGUUCCCGAACCUCCUUGAUACCACUGUCGCUGGCGGCGUCAAGGCCGAGGACUCGCCCUUUGACUGCAUCAUCGCCGAGGCGACGGAGGAGGCGUCGCUGCCUGCGGACUUCGUCAAGGAGAAUGCUCGAGCUGUUGGAGCUGUGACAUACUGCAGCUUGAAUAAGCAGAGGGGCACAUUCUUUCCGACUGUCCUCUACGUCUACGACCUUGAGCUACCUGAGUCGAUCGAGCCUCAGCCGGGGGAUGAUGAGGUUUCCGGGUUUGAGCUGAUGACGAUUGACCAGGUUAAGGAUGCCAUGCUGGGUGAGCAGUUCAAGCCCAACUGCGUUCUGGUUAUGCUCGACUUCUUCAUACGCCACAACAUCAUCACCUCUGAGAAUAAUGACGAGUAUCUGGAGAUUGUCACUAGGAUGCGGCGGCAUCUACCAGUACCAACCAGUCCGGAGCGAACAUAGUAGAUGAUAGAUUGUGAGUUCGCCUAGCCUUCGGCGAGCUUGCUUUGGAAGGAAUAUCUGGGUCACAGGGAUGCUAGACUCGAUCGAAUACAGACGAUCCGUCAGAAUAGAUAUCAAAGACUCUGGGCUAUUUAGUCAUUAAGAACUCAGAGUAUGAAGCACGCAUGUAUGAUCGUUUAUAUGUUUUGUACUUGGAGAGAACUAGAGACAGGAAUCAGAUCCGACAUGUGU